CAAUUACAUAACUGACAAUUGGAAAAUUAUGGCGCUACCUGAGGGACUGUCAAACAAAAUGAAGACUUUCCAAGCCGUCAAUGAUUUACCUGUUUUUCUAAAAGGUGGUCCAGCGGAUAAGAUUUUAUUUGGCAUUACAGCAGGUCUGUGUGGCCUUGGCAUUGUUAGUUUCGUACAUUUGGUUUAUACCAUGGGUUUUGCCAAAAAGAAGGCCUAAACGACCAAAUCAAAACAAUGAAUUAAUUGAUUAAAUAAAGAAUUUAAUUGUAAUGAUAUCGUAAAA